UCCAAGGUAUACAGGUGAUUCGUACUAUAUCAAUGACUACCGGUACAUACACAUGCUCUCUGUCUUGGCAUUGGAGUAGAGAUCUUGUUAAUUAUUCAUAUUCUAUGCGUCUAAUAAGAAAGAAGAUAUAAAGACUACGAGACUACCUAUACUUAGUAACAAACCUCACUCACCGCCCACUAUCGAUAAAGAUUAUACUACACCUACUACGUAGGUACCUGAGAAAUACAGCCAUCCGUACUCUCCUCUAAAGUCCACGGAUCUCCUCCAUGCUUGAUGCAUAAGGAAUUCAAGCCUUCGAAGAAUGCAUGUGGCGCAAAGCAACAAUAAAGACAACAAGCAACGACAAUACCCUUUCCCGACUCGAUAAACGCAUCUCGGACUUCAGGUCCAUUUAUUCUUUGAUCUCCUUUCAUUCAACUUUCUUUGAACAUUCCCCGUUCACGUAUCUCGGGUCCCAGAGCAUUUCUUGUCGUUUCCCGUCUCCCUUUCAACCACCCAAACCUUUAAAGAAUACGAUUUAAUUGAAUUCGACAUCCAGCUCCUCCAUCGUAGAACAGAAUGCUCCAGCGGCAUUUUGAAAAUCUAUAACCAUGAGUCCAGCGGCCAUCGGUGGCGCCCACUUGCGAACUACCUCGAUCAAUGGAACUGGGCCAAUCAACAACACAAAGAAAGAUGGCGUUAAUGGUAAUGGCACUAUGAAUGCCAAUAUUCGAAUGCUACCGCACCUAGACGAUCUGGUGAAUGCGAAACCACUUGUCGAUAGACAGUCCUCGUUACGAAAGUUGCUGGAAGCUGGCGAAGAAGCUGCGAAACAUGCGGAAACUUACAUAGACUUUAAACGCCUGGAUUUAGCUCUUCAACAGUACAUCAUAGCCUUUACAAUAGCCGUGGAAUAUAUUCCUCAGAGUCCGCAUUAUCCAGAUCUAAGGAGUAGGUCGGAUUACACUCGAUUAUACGCUGGCCUGCAGAAACGGCUCAAUACACAACAUGGUAAAUUCGAGGAAGUCAAGAAAACAAUCAAGGAGGAUAAUACAAGGACCGGAGUCAGCCCAUCUAGUUUACUUCCAUAUAAUGGACAAUCUGUCCCUGGAAAUACCAAUAACACCGCAUUCAAGCCAACCAUAUCCGAUGCCAAUAGCAACCCAACCAAUAAAAGGAUUGAACCCCGCCAAAAGCCAGUGAUACAACCAAAACCACAAGGGCUUCAUGGAAAUUCGAUACAAAUAGCAAAUGGGACAUCAUCCAGUCUGCCCAGCUCAUCCGAGAGUGACUUGGCUGCAAGAUUCGCCCGUCUGAGGAGUCCAAAUACUACGGCCCCUACUCAAGAUCCUAGGAUUAGGACUCAACAAAUUACUAUUCCAGACGAAACCAGAAUAGAUCAAAAGCCAACCAAUCCAACAUCGCAGUACAAGCAAAAUGGGAGUAUAUUGCGGCCCCUUGGCCCAAGAGAAAUGCCAAUGAGUCCAGCAACUCUCAAGACAGAGAAACCCAUCCUUGACAUGGAUACAAGUGUUCCCAUGAUGCCGAGAAUGCCGGAUGCGAUCUAUAGUCCAGCACGUAGUACAGACGUGGUUUCGACCAACAGCCAACCGCCACUGUUAUCUCGAGGGUCUUCCUACUUUAACGGGAAAAGAGAGCCUUCUAGUUCAGUUGCAAAAGUCUCUCGCAAUCGAAUUGUAGUUGACGAUGCAACUGAUUAUUUCUCAAACUCUGAGGUCAGUAAUUACACAUUUGAUCAUGGUCAUCCUGAGCCUGAAACCCGGAUUGACAAGCCAUCAAUACCCAAUGCUACAACUAUUACUGCCGAGCAGCUUCAUGGUUUUCUCAAAAUGGGCUCUAAAACCUUGAGUGUCUUGAUCGUGGAUAUUAGAAGCAGAGAAGAAUUCAAUGAGGGGCACAUCAUGGCCUCAUCGAUCAUUUGCAUUGAACCUAUAGCCCUACGAAAAGACAUGUCCGCAGAAGAUCUUGGAGAAGGAAUUGUUUUAUCUCCUGAAUCGGAACAAAGGUUGUACGAUCAGAGGCAUACAUUUGACUUGAUAGUCUAUUACGAUCAAUCCUCGAUGCCCAUAAAUACAGAACAUGUUCCAGGCGAACCUCUUAAUCAUUUGCAACACUUUAGUAAAAUUAUUUACGACCAUGCUUACGAUCACCGAUUAAAGCGACGACCGAUGUUACUUGUUGGCGGUCUAGACUCUUGGAUAGACCUCUUUGGGCCGAAUGUAUUAAAGAGCGAAAUUCCUGGCAAUAAAUCUCUGGUCAAGAACAAAAAACAUGACCAUCAAGGCUUGGGUCGAGUUUCUAUAGCGCGAAGAGGUUUGGUCGCAAAAAAAACACCUAGAUUACGAACUUUAUCAGCGGCAGAGGAAGAGAAAUGGGAUCAGGCUUUAAAACAACAUUCCGAUGAUGAGUCACCUGCUCAGGACUCCGCCAUGGACGAAUCUUAUUAUGCAAGAACUACCGAGGACUUUAUGAGGAGAUACCCAGAGCUUCCAUCAGUCAAGCAAUCCAUGGCACCGCCAUCAAUGCCCAGGUCAUUACCUCUCUAUGAUGGAUCAAAAAUUUCAGCCCCACCAACUCGUCCGCCACCAGCUCUACCACGGCAGAGAUCUAAUGGCAUUUUCGAACAGAUACCCUACAAGAAUCAUACCAUGACAGGAGGAAAUUCCAGCGCUCCUCCCGCGAUAGAUCCUGGUCUCUGUGGUUUAAGAAAUAUCACGGGUGGUCUCUGUUACAUGAAUGCCGUUGUCCAGGCCAUUGGUUCGUCGCCAGGAAUAAGGAACAUGUUUAUUAAAUUUCAAUAUCCUUGUAUUCCGGAAGUCCCGAAAAAACCAGGCGAAGAUAGCCCUCCGAGGCUGUUGAUGACCCGAGCUCUGCGCAGCUUGCUACAACAUAUGUGGUGUGGAAAGUACGACGAGAUUGUUCCAAGAAUGUUUCAACAAUAUGUCCAUGCAACCGCCGUUGGCCAUGAAGGUUACAUAGGUCUUGAUCAGUCUCGCGUUAGUGGCACUGAUCACAGACCCGAUACAACUUUCGGAACUGCUAGACAGCAUGAUGCCAACGAGUUUUUAGCUUGGCUUUUUGAUGUUAUCAUGGAUGAACAGAAUAUCCAUCGUGACAAGACUGGACUGUUAGGUGAUGUCUCAACUUUUUCGCCAAAGGAGAAAAGUGAAUUGCCGAGAACUCAAAAUUGUCGCGAAGGAUAUGAAAGAGCCCUUGAAACGUUGAAUUCGCCCCUAGCAAAACUUGUCUGUAAUCAAAAGAUGUAUGAGAUAGUUUGUCAGACUUGUAAGGACACUAGCGUGACCUCGGAUAUGCUCUCUCCUAUAAUAUAUCUAGGGGUUGAUCCCAACGGAGGACCAAAUCAGAAUUUGCACUCUCUGCUUCGGACCUAUUGUCUCACUGAGGAGAGAACAGAAUUGGAUUGCGAUGGAUGUGGUGUCACACACUCGCGCACCAAAAUCCAGAGGCAGCUCUUUUCUAGUCUCCCGGACUACCUCGUCAUUCCUUUCAAGAUAGCUCAAAUGGCUGGCGAAGUACAGGCUAAUCGCUUAAAUGUUCAAGUGAGCUUUCCACUGGUUCUUGAUAUGGCAGAAUACACAUGGCUAUCACAGAGAGACGGAUACUCAGAUCGAGUUCUUCCUCAUCAGAGACCACCAUUCUUAUACGACUGUUAUGCCGCGGUACAACACAGUGGAUCGACGGAAUCUGGACACUAUUGGUCUUUGGUCCGUAGGAUAGACCCGAAUAACAGGUGGACCGACAAUUGGCACGAGUUCAAUGAUAGUAGAGUGAUACCAGGUAAAACUUUUGCUGAUACACAAAGCUAUCGAACUGUUAUGGUCUUUUACCGUCGUCAAGGCGCUGCUUGAUAUCUAUGUCAAUUCGCUACUUUCAGCAAUGGAGUCAUGGUUUACAAAGUUUGGCGUCAUGGGAGGGGCUCAACUCAAUGGAGAUGUAUGUAGAGCAAGGCGUUGGUUAUAUAGUUGGAAAGCUCGAUGCGGGGAAGGGAAAUGGGAAGGGAAAUGGAAACGAACAAUGUUUAUAUGCGACCGGUUGGAGCCUUUGGAAGCGAAGAUGCAAAUAUUGUUUACAUGAAUGAAUGAAUGUUACAACAGUUUUUUUUUACAACAAGUAUGAAUUGAAUUGAUACAAGGUAGAUUUAUUCUUGAUGUAUGUGAAAAUAAUAUUGUUAUAUAGUUUUCAUUUUUAUAAUU